AUGGACUCCAUCUGUGAGCGUCACACGGGUGCACUUGUCAAGCUCACCCCUUCUGGUGAUAGGAAGACAUGGAACGUGCACCAGGAGUCGGUACUACCGCCGCUCCCUCACUUUGAAGGCUGGAAGCCUAUUGAUUGGAAGCCCGAAGACGGACCUAUUCAGCUGUUUGGCUACGUUCACACGAAGAGCCAUGAAGCCUUUGCCAGUGUCACUAUAUGCGGCAUAUUCAUCGGGGUCAUCUUCGGCAGCCUUGAUGAGAAUGUUCAGCUUGACUUCGACUUGUUCAUUGCAAAGGGCCAAAUCAAUCUGUUUAUGAAGGGUGGCAAUGUAAUGGCCAAGCUCAAGGUCAAUGCCACGCCCUUUAAAGGCACGGAUGGUGCCUUUUCCGUCCUCGAGGGCGUGUGA